AACCCAGAAGAGCAGCCUCUUCUAUCCCAUCGCGAGAGGUGGGGGUAACUGUGUAAGAACUGAGGGGGUUUCAGUGUCUGCAUCAAUAAACGCGUAUCAGAGACCCCCCAAGGCUUGUACCCGCAGUAACGAAUUGUGUAUCAGUUAUAAUAAUUAGCCCAUCGCACAGGCAGCAGCGUGCAGAACUGGUGGGAAUGACAGAACUGAGGCACCGUGGACCGGGGGAGGACGAUGUGCUAAAACAGCAGCAGCAGCAGCAGCAGCAGGAGUCAGAGGUGCGGACGGAUGGAGAAGCCCCCUCGGACAGCGAGAUCAAACCCGACCCGGGGGUGCCCUCUACUGUCGACGACACCCCCGAGGUCCUCAACAAAGCCCUGUCAGGAAUGUCGUCACGGUGGAAGAACUGGUGGGUGCGCGGGAUCCUGACUCUUGCCAUGAUCUCCUUUUUCUUCAUCAUCAUCUACCUCGGUCCCAUGGUCUUAAUGAUGAUCGUCCUCUGUGUUCAGAUCAAGUGUUUCCACGAGAUCAUCAUGAUUGGUUACAGCGUCUAUCACUCCUACCACCUGCCCUGGUUCCGCACACUGAGCUGGUACUUCCUGCUCUGUGUGAAUUAUUUUUUCUAUGGCGAGACAGUGACGGAUUAUUUCUCCGCUCUGGUUCAGAGGGAGGAGCCUCUGAGAAUCCUGAGCAAGUACCAUCGCUUCAUCUCCUUCACUCUCUACCUGACAGGGUUCUGCAUGUUUGUCCUGAGCCUUGUGAAGAAGCAUUACCGGCUGCAGUUCUACAUGUUCGGCUGGACCCAUGUGACGUUGCUGAUUGUGGUGACUCAGUCCCACCUCAUCAUUCACAAUCUCUUUGAAGGAAUGAUCUGGUUCAUCGUUCCUAUCUCCUGUGUGAUCUGCAAUGACAUCAUGGCGUACAUGUUUGGCUUCUUCUUUGGACGGACCCCCCUAAUCAAGUUGUCUCCUAAGAAGACCUGGGAAGGGUUUAUCGGAGGUUUUUUUGCCACGGUUGUGUUUGGUCUCCUGCUCUCCUAUGUGAUGGCUGGGUGGCGCUACUUUGUUUGCCCGGUCGAGUUCAACAACGACUCGAACCGCUUCGAGGUGGACUGCGAGCCCUCGGACCUCUUCCAGCUGCAGGACUACACCCUGCCCUCCGUGCUGCAGUCUCUCAUUGGCUGGGAGACCGUGCGCAUCUAUCCCUUCCAGAUCCACAGUGUGGCGCUGUCCGCCUUCGCCUCGCUCAUAGGGCCCUUUGGGGGAUUCUUUGCCAGCGGCUUCAAGAGAGCCUUCAAGAUCAAAGAUUUUGCUAACACUAUCCCCGGUCACGGAGGGAUCAUGGACCGAUUCGACUGCCAGUAUCUCAUGGCCACGUUUGUCAACGUCUACAUCGGCAGCUUCAUCAGGGGUCCUAAUCCCAGUCGGGUGAUGCAGCAGCUCCUCGCUCUGCGGCUGGACCAGCAGCUCCACAUCUUCAACACGCUCAGAGCACACCUCAUCGACAAGGGGCUGCUCUCCGCCAACCAGGAGGCGACUGCAGCAUAGGCGACUGCAGCCAAUAGGUGGCGUGGGGAGGAAGAGAGGGGCGGGG